CCUCCUGAAAAACUGACAAACGUUGAUACCUUAUUAAGGUUUGCUGCCCAACAACGAUGCUUUAUUAAUACGAUUGGAAGAGCUGACGUCCAGUUCGAGAUGGCCUAGCUCAGAAGAUGAAUUAAAAUACUAGUAGUUGUAUGAUACAGACAGGCUCUACCACACCGACACAGUUGAGCGCUGCAAUUGAAGCAAGAACCCUUUGAUCUAUUUCUAAAGUAAAUACUGAGUAAUACAUAGGGCUAGUUGUAGUACCCUAUCAUUAUAUUCGCUAAUUUGCUGAUUAUGAAACGGGGCAGUGUUGUUAUUGGGCGAGAGAACGAUGUCUUUGUGGUUAGGAGUUGUAGCCAUAUUUCUGUGUUGUUUCUCGGCUGUUCUGUUGGUGACCGUGUGUUGCAGUAAACCAGCGUGUUCAGACGAUUGCCUCUGUGCCGGAAGGUUUCGUGAAUCGGAAAGUGAGACUGAUGAUACGAGGAAGGCUGUUCGAGAGAAGCUUCAGAUCCGACGCGAAAUGCCCCCGGAAGUUAUUGAGCAUAUGGCUCGCAUUUACGACCUUCCGCACGGCGCGAGUCCGGCCUGUGGAAUGAGCGCAUGUAGUUCUGAAGAUGCAAGGAUAAAUAUGCCGAAGUAUAAGUACUUCUCUUUUGAUAAUCUAAUAAAGCUUGUUAAAGAGAAUAGCUCAUCGGAUAACGACACAACCAUUGGAAUAUCAGAAUACUUGUUACCCGCAGCAAAAGCUGUCGCCAAACCCAAUCUGUGCCCAGCUUGUGGCACUUGCAGGCCAUCUGAUACAUAAUAAGCUUACUGAAUCAUGUGUGCCAUCGAGAAGUGUCUAUAAGAUGAAAUUAGUAAUUCUCAGUUACUCUGUCCUGCCGGGUUUGCUACCUAAUACUAGAAGGAGAAAAUAAAUGUCCUUUUGACAACAUCA